AUUAUCUAUGAAGCGCGACCUAACCGCGGCAAUCGGCCGAUAAACAAAAUGUUUCAGUCUAGUCGGGUAAUUGUCAGACAAACUUAUGUCGGAACCACUUCGAGAACCAUUAGUACAUAUUCGAGGGACGGGUAGACGCGAGGGAUGACGAUGAGGUACCAAAACGACAGUUUUAGUGAACAUAUCAACUGCAUCAGAAGUAUUUUGGUGAGAACACUCUCUCAAGAGAAUGUGUCCCAAAGUGAUGUGCUUAAAGUGAAACGGUUCGAUAGGGGUAGUUUAAAGAAGCUUAACAAUAAUAAUGAGAUUGAUCAAGUUGAAAAAGAGGCAAGACUGCGAACGCUUAAAGAACGUCAAAAUGAAGAGCGACAUAGAAAACUGGAAGAAAUAAAGGCACAAGCCCUUGCAGCACAAAGAUUCAAAGAACAAAAAGAACAAGAACGAAGACGUCGAUUGGAGGAAAUGAGACUAAAAGACGACAGCCGUAGGCACCAGGUAGAAGAACGAAAACGUGCUAUAAACGAAGCCGAGCGAGAUCGGUUAGAGUCCAUCCUGAAAAGAAAUCAAGAGAGAGAAGCUAGGAUAGAAUCCAAGAAGAAAAAUGAGAGGAGUAGUAUAGUUUUUGCUUUUGGAUCUUCGACGCCUCGCAUGCUAGAUCCGACUGAUGUGACUGUGUCGUUUUGGGGUCAUAGAAGGGCUACUUCUACGCAAAACAUCACCACCACUGCGUCUAAUAGUAGCAAUUUGACAAGGAGGCAAAGCGAAAGGGAAUUGGAUGUAGGUAGUAAAAAACGAGCUACUUCGGCUGGAGGACUUGAAAGAUCUACCGAAGGUCUAGUAAGUCCGACAACACCGGCUGGGUGCGCAAGCGGUUACCUGGGCAGGCGCAGAACUGACUUGGUACCGACGAUCCCCUCGAGAGACUCCUCGUUCCAUUCGUCAGCAUCGCGCAAGUCACUGAACCAUUCUCCAGGUAGGGCAUAUUCAAUGUCUCGCUUAGAUCAGCUUGCUAAGCCACGAAAACCAUUGAUGCCUGCUUUAAACGAGUCCAAGAUGGCGCCUAAGAGUUCGGUGACUCGAAGCAUGAGUCACCUAGCUCAUGUCAGUGGCAAAUUGACUCCCCGAAAACCUCUUAACAAAUCUGACAGUCGCAGUAUGCAUCAGCUUAGCCCGGACGGACCUGUAGCUCCCCCUAGAGUCAACAGAGCUACUCAGCUACGGCAGCAAAAGCUGUUAAUAGCCCAGCAGUCUAGCAGUACCAGUGAGGCUUCAUCAAGGCCAAGUAGCUCUAUGAGCCAACAGAGCACCAACAGUGUUACUAGCUCAGUAAAUAUGCGGCAUCGCGUCAGUGCCCCCAGGAGACCUCGACCCGCUAGCAUUGCUGUUACCGGGGUAACCCAUGAAGUCAACAAAUCAAUCGAUAAGGGUGACCACAAACCUCCUAUUCCCAAAACGCGAAAACCUUUGUCCAAAACUAACACCUCAGAGAAAAUUGAGAAGUCAUCGCCUAGGAGUAAAGUUGUCAAAUCACCUGCCGAGGAAACAGCUCCCAAGAUCGUCGGAGAAGAUAAAAAACAAAUAAAGGAGGAAAAGGUAAAGGAGGCAGAAAAAAGUGAGGUGAAGAAAACUGAAGUCAAAUCUAAGGAAGUCGUACAAGUUAAGGAAGUUGUACAAGUUAAGGAAGUUGUGCAAGUUAAAGAUCCGUCACCUCCUCCAGUAGUUCCAGUUAGCGAAUCUCCGGUGCUUCAAGUAAAAGAAGAGAAACCACCUUUGCCCCAAGAAUCAAAAGUAAUUGAAAUUCCGCCUGAGCAACAACAACAACCCGUUAAACAAGACGACAUAAUUCAAAACUUCAUUGACACCGAAAGAAGUACUUUUGAAGAAACAUGUUCAACAUCUACAGUAAAAGAAUCACCAGUGAUGUCCACUUCAAUGGUUGAAACUAAGAUAGAGAGCACCGAAUCAAACGAUGUAAUGACAACUUCAAUGUCGAAACCCAGAAUCACAACUGAAGAGGAGGCUAAAGCUGCCCUGGCGGAAAGAAGAAGGUUGAUUAGAGAGGAGGCUGAGAGACAGGCAGAGUUGGAGAGACAGAGGAUUGAAGCAGAACAAAAGGCUGAGCUGGAGAGGCAGCAGAAGGAGGAGGAGCAAGCUAGAUUGCUAGCUCAGAUGCAGCGCCAAGCAGAGCAAGAACGGCUACAAGAGGCCAUAAGGGAAGCUCAAAAACGGGAAGAGGAAGAACGCCUAAGAAAAGAAGAAGAACAAAGGCAGAAGGUGUUAAAGGAAGAGGCCGACAGAAGGGCCAAAGAGGAAGCAGAGAAACAGAAGGCUGAACUCCAGAAGAAACUGGAAAACGAAGAAAGGGAGAGAGAGGAACGCAGAAAAAGAGUCGAGAUGAUAAUGUCUAGAACAAGAGGAAAGGCUAAUGCUAACUUGGCUUCACAACAAAAUUCCCAGGAUAAGAACGAGAAUGCUUCGGAACCCAAGCAAGUAGACGAGAACACACUAAACGAUGAAAAUAAAGUAAAUGAAAAUAAGGUGAAUGGAACGAAGCAGGAGAACGGCACUACAGAAAAUUCUGCCACAAAAAAUGGCAAAGCUGUUGAUGUUGGAAUUGUUGAUAAUAUAAUUCCAGAUGAAAGUGUAAAGAAUGCCAACACGGUGGCAGUGACGGACACAAUAAACGCGGAUUCGAUAAACUCGAACAGUUCAUGGCAGGCGCCGAGUCAGCAGUACGAUCCUUAGGCGUCAGUUGAGCGAUCUUGCAAUGGAGCUUGACUUGUGUAAGAUUUUUUUUGCUAGGUUUAGCCCUUGUCCUAACAUUUUAAAUAAUUUAUUUAUAUAUUUCGUAGCAUAAUAAUACAAAAUCAAUACACCACAGUUCCCAAGCUAUAUCCUAAGGACAUCAGUAUUUACCGUUUUUUUACUCAUUUUGUUAAUUUAAUUAUUAAAUUUCGAUAUAAUAAUUUGGCUGAUGAUAAUCGGUUUAUACCCCACUAGUUUUUGUUUUUUUUACGCAUAUUAGUUGUCUUAAUAAAAAUUCAAUUUCUUUGGAUUUAAAUAUGAAGAAAAUCAUUAUCGAAAUUCAGGUGUUCACAAUAAACUGAAUUUUUUUCACUAUGCAUUUAAUACCAAUAAUAUAGAUACAAUUAGGAUAUGGUUAAAAAAUAUAAAAGUAAGGAUGACAAAAAAAUUAAGUCUUAAAUAAAACUAAAUUAGUCUAAUUUUUAGAUAGUAUUCAUUUUACUUACUUUUAUAUAGAUGUUUGGGGGCGGGCAUUAACAAGCUCUUAGAUUAAUUUGAAAGUAUUAUUUUUUUACGGUUUCUUAGUAUGCGGCUUGGUGCUGUGUUUAAAAAUAAUUUAGUUAGGUAAUUUUGUAUUCUUAUGCGUGUUAUGCAUUGAUUUAUCGGAGACGGUUGUAUAUUCUUGAAGUGAUAGAGAGUAAAUAUUUAUGAAUUGGCAACUCGUUUUAUCAUAUAAUUAUGUUAAAUUGGUUAGAUUUGACUGAGGGCGGGCCAAGGUUCUUUCUGGUUAAAAGACUUGCGUCAAUGUUUUCAAAUAUAAUAUCAAAAUACUUACGAUAAUUUUUUCUAAAGUUUGUGCAAAUGCUGAGAUAUUUAAUGCGACUUUUUUAGCCAGAAAAUCUUCCAUUACUUUUAUUUAACAACUCGGUCUAUACUAGUCAUCUUGUAUGUUAAAAUUGUUGUAUAAUGUUAUCUAAUGUACUCUGAGCUGUUUAAAGUAACAGUCUAGUAGCCAAUAUAUUUUUUAUUAUAUUGAGGUUUGCAUUUCAAAAGUUUUUUUUUUCACGAAUGAAAUUGCUAACAAUUUGUUUAACGUAUUUUUUUAUGAUGUUAUUAUUGUAGAGGAAAUUAUAAUAAUAUCCGUUGACUUUUUUUUGUCCAGGUUCUAAAUAGCAAUAAAUUUGGCAAUGGUUUCAGCUUAUCGAAAUUUUCAGAAAUAUUAAAGUAGUUUACAUUUUUACUAGUAGGUUUUUAGACAGAAAUUUUAACAGAAACUAAGGGGAGAGAUGAUUUAAAUAGUGUGUCCAUGAGAAGAUUUAAUUUCCUAUAAUUUGUCAUGCAUAUUUUAGAGUACUAUCUUAUAAAAUAUAUGAAUAAAAUUUACCGUAAGGCAAUUAUAGGUUCAUAUCUUCUUAAAAUGUAACUAUUAUAAUAUGUAAAAUUACAGUCCUUACAGUGCUUGUUAAAAAAUGCUUUAAACAUGUAAAAUUUAUUUAUGACUUGUA